AUUUUCUUAUUUGGUGACGAGUCUAUGGAUUUUCAAUAAAUUUUCCAUGGAUUUUCUUAUUUGGUGACAUCCUAAUUUUCUAUAGACUUUACGUUGCUACUUUAUACUGUCUAUUUAAAUUUAAAUUUUGUUUUGUAGUCAAAAUCCGCGCGCUUUCAUGAAAUCCCACCCUAAGAUUUAUCAUUCGAGAUUCAGAUAAUGGACCUGAUUCCAACCUAACCUAAUUGUCAUUAAAAAAAAUUACAAAUAAUAAUUGUAAAAAUGAACAAUUUCACUUAAAAAAUCACAAUAAUCAAUCAAUAAUAAGUUGCCUGCAGAAUUUAAAUCAAAACGUCAAAAUGAAACUGGUGGCAAAAAAUAUUGAGAGAGAUGGUGGCGGGAGCGUUUGUCUCAUUCCCGAAAAUCCUGAGGACAUGUGGCACGCGUACAAUCUCAUAGCAGAAGGUGACUGCAUCUGCGGAUCCACAAUCCGCAAAGUUCAAACAGAAAGUUCUACAGGAAGUACCAACAGCACUAGAGUCCGCACCACGCUGACAAUUAAAAUAGAAAAUAUAGACUUUGAUACUCAGGCAUGUGUUCUAAGACUGAAGGGACGUAACAUUGUCGAGAAUCAAUACGUCAAGAUGGGUCAGUACCAUACCCUAGACAUUGAACAGAAUCGUAAAUUUACCCUGAAAAAAAUAAAAUGGGACUCGAUAGCCUUGGAGAGAAUAGACCUGGCGUGCGACCCAACUCAGAAUGCCGACGUAGCUGCGGUAGUUAUGCAGGAAGGAAUAGCGCACGUGUGUCUGAUAACUUCAAACAUGACAAUAGUCCGUGCUAAGAUUGAUCAAGUCAUUCCGCGAAAGCGCAAGGGCAUGGUGUCGCAGCACGAGAAAGGACUGAACCGCUUUUUCGAGAACGUCGUCCAGGCGAUUCUGCGUCAUGUUAAUUUCGAUAUCGUCAAGUGUGUGAUCAUCGCCAGCCCAGGGUUCGUCAAGGAUCAGUUCAUGGAGUACAUGAUCCAGCAGGCGAUCAAGACUGAUAACAAAGUUCUGCUGGACAACAAGAGCAAGUUUAUUCUGGUCCACGCGAGCUCGGGGUUCAAGCACUCGCUGAAAGAAGUCCUGGCUGAUCCUGCUGUGGUCGCAAGAAUGGCGGACACUAAGGCUGCGGGUGAAGUAAAAGCUCUGGAACAGUUUUACGCUAUUCUGCAAAAUGAUCCCGCGAGAGCUUUCUAUGGGAAGAAACACGUCCAGGCGGCUGCUGCUGCUCAAGCCGUUGAAACUCUGCUUAUUUCUGAUAAAUUAUUUAGGUGCCAAGAUGUUGCGACGAGAAAAGAAUAUGUUGAAUUAGUUGAAAGUGUGAGGGAUGCCAAUGGAGAUGUCAAGAUAUUUUCAAGUAUGCACGUGUCUGGAGAACAACUUGAUCAACUUACGGGUGUAGCAGCAAUUUUAAGAUUUCCAAUGCCAGAGUUGGAAGACGAGAGUAAUGAAAGUGAUUCUUCAGAUGAUUAACAUGAUUUUUUUUUUACUACUGUUGAUAUUUUUUUGUAAUGAUGGCAAUUUAAUUUAUAAUGAAUUACUAAAGUAUCUUAAUAAUUAUAAAUUAUAUAUGUUAACUUAUUGUAUAAAUAAUUUGAAUAAUUUAUUAAUAAUUGAUUUUU